UGUGUGUGUGUGUGUGAGAGAGUAAGUAAAGUGAUGCGGGGCUGUGUGCAGCUCAGAUAAUGCCCCGGCUGUCUCCUGAUAUCCCACAAUCCUGCUGCGGGCCGCUCGGUGCAGUGUGAUAGGCUCGCGGGCUGGCGGAGAGGGGGGGAACUGCAGCAGAGCAGCGCCGCUGUCAGGAAACACGAGCCUCGCGCCCUCUUCACGAAGCAGGCGACUCGCACAGCCGGCUGAACGAGGGACACGGUUCUUCAACCCGCUUGAUUCACCAUGACGACCGAAUCAGGCGCAGACUCAGAGGCCAAGCAGCCGCAGGAGAACAAGGCGGCUAACCCAGCAUCCCAGCCCAGCCAGGCGGCAGCCGAGCCUGCUUCGCCUCAGAACCAGCCGGAGCAGCUUCCAGCCGCUGUCGGACACAGCACCCCGGCCAGGAAAGAACAGGCGCAGCAGGAAGAGGACGAGGUUUCCCACAGGUCAUCCAUCAGUCGUCUGUCCAAGUCUCCUUUGAGAGGAGUGAAGAAGGUGAAGAUCAUGCAGUGUAAAGUCACUCUGCUGGACGGCUCCGACUACACACUCGAUGUGGAGAAACGAGCCAGGGGACAAAUGCUCUUUGAUAAAGUCUGUGAUCACCUCAAUCUACUGGAGAAAGACUACUUUGGAAUCACAUACAAAGAUAUUGACAACCAGAAGAAUUGGCUGGACCCUUCCAAGGAACUGAAGAAGCAGAUUAGGACUGGUCCCUGGAACUUUGCAUUCAACGUGAAGUUUUACCCUCCAGAUCCCGCCCAGCUUACUGAGGAUAUAACAAGGUACUACCUGUGCCUGCAGCUAAGAGAUGAUGUGGUAUCGGGUCGCCUGCCCUGCUCCUUCGCCACCCACACAGUGCUGGGCUCCUACACGGUCCAGUCUGAACUGGGAGACUAUGACCCCGAAGAACUGGCCAGCGACUACAUCGGCGAACUGCGCUUUGCACCAAACCAGACCAAAGAGCUCGAGGAGAAGGUCAUGGAGCUCCACAAGACCUACAAGGGGAUGACACCGGCUGAAGCUGAGAUUCACUUCCUGGAAAAUGCCAAGAAGCUGUCCAUGUUUGGCGUGGACCUCCACCACGCCAAGGACUCUGAGGGUGUAGAAAUCAUGUUGGGAGUCUGUGCAAGUGGCCUACUCAUCUACAGAGACCGGUUGCGGAUCAACAGGUUCGCCUGGCCCAAAAUCCUCAAGAUCUCCUACAAGAGGAACAAUUUCUACAUCAAAAUCCGUCCUGGCGAGUUUGAGCAGUUUGAAAGCACAAUUGGUUUCAAGCUUCCAAACCACCGUGCUGCCAAAAGGCUCUGGAAGGUCUGCGUCGAACACCACACCUUCUUCAGGCUCGUGUCCCCCGAGGCUCCUCCGAAGAAGUUCCUGAGCCUCGGCUCCAAGUUCCGCUACAGUGGCAGGACGCAGGCACAGACCCGCAGGGCCAGCUCUCAGAUCAUCCGACCAGCUCCGUUCUUUGAACGCUUCUCCAGCAAACGAUACAACAUGUCCCGCAGCUUAGAUGGAGCUCCCAUCAUGGAGAACCACGAGACUCUGAUGAAGGACGGUGCCACUGACGGUGCGGCCAAAGUCAUUGCCAAGGGAGACAUUAUCACCACGGUAACGACGGAGAAGAAAGCGGAGGAAGAGAAGGCGGAGCAGGAAGACGCUCGGAUGGAUGAAGCAGAAACGCCAGAGCCCACCGUCACGACACCGCUCCGACAAGACACAAAGUACUCCCCUUGUGUAUACACGAACGACCCCCUCCGCUCUGAGCUCUCACUCCCCUCAUCUCCCGUCUCAUCAACCAAAGUACGGCGGAGGCGCAGGGAGAAUGCACGAAAACGAGCCUCGUCGGUCAGUCCGGCAAAGAGCAGCAACGGGUGCCGCCGCCGGCAAGCCCACGCCGAUCGCAAAGCAGCUUUGCUGAAGGAGCAGGCGCUGCUGCUCUCGGCCCGCAAGCAGAGGCUGGAGCAGGGCAAGAGCCGCGGCGGCACGCUCUUCUCCUUCUCCCUGCACCUGCCCGACCUGUCCUCCUUCCUGGAUGAGGACGGCUACAUCACCUUCCCCGAUCUGACGGAGAUGCGCUUCCUCCCCGAGUGUGCACAGAACUUCCUCCCCAUUAAAUCGCCUUCACUCAUCCCCUGCUUCCUCUUCAUCUUCUUCUUCCUGCUCUCCACUUCCUUCUCCGUCCCCUAUGCCCUCACCCUGUCCUUCCCCCUGGCGCUGUGCCUCUGCUACCUGGAGCCCAAGGCAGCCUCCCUGACCGCCUGCAUAGCCCAGGGCUACCAUGACCAUGACAGUUCAGAGGAAGAGGAGACCGACAGCGAACAGACUGACUUUGCCUUUGAUGGAGAGAUGACUGCCACAGAGUCGGAAGCAGAGGAGGACUCUGAGAUGCGGACUCAGGACACCGAGCCUCCGGCGGAGAUGGUCAAGCACCAAACCAACAUCAGUGAACUGAAGCGCUCCUUCCUGGAGACAGGCGGCAGCGCACAGGGCCUGACGGAGUGGGAGAAGCGACUCUCCUCGUCCCCUGUGCACUCACCCAGAGCGGAUGAAGCACCCAUGAUAGAGCCCCUGGAGCCGCAGGAUGCUAAAGAUGAGCCGCCUACUGGAGAUGAGACAAAAGAGGAGGUGGAACCUAAAGCCACUGAGGCCGCAGGGUACCUGGUGAAAUUGGUGGCGGAUAGUAUCGUAACGGAUGGGGCCACGUCCUCAGGGCCUCACGGGAUUAGCCUGUCAACCACUAUGGAUGACGACGUCUUCAUGGACGCGGCCCUCCGGGAGGUGGAGGAGAAGACGCCCGACUCCCAGGACGAGAGGUUGGUGUUGAAGGUCAGCCCCGGAGCCGUCAGGCAGGAAGUGUCCCAGGCUAUCAGCGACAAGAAAGGGACUCUAAUUAUCUUGAAGGAGGAUAAAGUGGACGCCGAGGGCGACGAGCUGGGCGUUUUGAGUGAAAAAGAGGAGCCAGAAGUCCCCGGAGAGGCGGACGCUGAGAAGAAUAAAUUACUUUCCAGUUCCACAGAGAAAGAAACUAUCGAAGAAGACGUUGCUGCCGUCAUCGAAGCCCGAACGACAGUCGUCAAGACUCCGAGUUUGAAGAUUGAUGUAAAAGCCGAUGACAUCGCUCCGAUUAAAGGCAUUGACUCCACUAAAAAGGCCAUGGCGUCGUGGAUCUCCGAGGAGGCGAUGACCUACGCGUCAGAGGUCCUCAGCGUGUCCACGAAUGGAGUCGAAGAGAUGAGGACUCCUGACGGUCUGCAGCACGAAGCAGAAAUCUUCACCUUUGAAGAAGUCCAAGUUCAAACGUGCAGCCUCACUCAAAAUUCAGUUUCCGAAUCUUCCGCUACGUCCUUUGCCGUGUCUACGCUGGGAUGGGUUUCCUCCUCUCAAAAGACAUCAGCUGAUCCAGAGCAGAAGGCUGCGAUUGCCACGGAGACGGAGGCAGCGCCGGCCGAGUCAACAGGGCCAACGAGUCUUGACAGCAGUGAUGCUGGUACCAAAGAGAUGCCUGUGGUCCACACAGAGACAAAAACCAUCACCUAUGAAGCUGCAGAGGGUGAAACUAACGGUGACGCAGACCCCGGGGUGUUGCUGAGUGCUCAGACCAUCACCUCGGAAACCACCAGCACUACAACAACCACACACAUCACAAAGACGGUGAAAGGAGGAGUAUCGGAGACAAGAAUCGAGAAGAGGAUCGUCAUCACGGGAGACUCAGACAUCGACCACGAUGAGGCUCUGGCUCAGGCCAUAAAGGAGGCUAAAGAACAGCAUCCUGACAUGUCAGUGACCAAAGUAGUGGUUCAUAAAGAAACAGAGAUCACGCCAGAGGAGGGGGAGGACUGACCCAGGAGUAACACUGAGGGGCUGUUUUCUGUUCGACCUCCCGCAAUCCAACAUCCAGAUCUCCUCCAUAUCACACCGGGACUCUUCAGAAGACCUCCUCAUCCUCCGAAUGCCGCUGCUCGCCGCUAUAUCGCAACCAUCACCUGCGAAAUAAACAAAUGCAUUUUGCAUGAGAAAGGACGAAACGUUGCAUUAUCAAACAAACGGCAAGAAUUAAAACAGGAAACCCGUACGAUCUUUUAAAAAAAAAAAAAAAAAAGGUUCUCGAUCCGUCUGCACGCCGAAAUCCCUGUGUGUGUGUGUGUGUGUGCAGCGAGCAAAACCUUUUUGCUUUCACUGCCUUAUGACUUUGAUGCAUUUUUAUGAUUCUUAAGAAUAAUUAUUGUAGCAAAACCUUUUAUUUAUGAAAUAAAGCCAUCACUCCAGAAACUUUAAAUCGCCAUCGCUGUAUAUGUAGGAGAGCAUACACUAUUUAACCUUGCUAUAGAAAGUGCCAACCUCAUUUGCCAGCAAGCGUCGCCUCAACAACACCGAUGAUUUUUUUCCCCCGCGAGGUGCGUCACUGCAGCCCAGUACUGUACAUAUCAGAAGCUUUCCUAAGAAAAUAGCAACUUAUCUCUCUCUCUCUCUCUCUGUCGAUUUCUGUCACGUCUACUUGAAUUUUUUUCCUUUAUGAUCAUUUCAGUAUUUUUAUUGUUUCUCAUCAGCUGAUUCCACCACUGAAGGUCUAUUUUGGCGAACGCCAAGGAAUCAAGAUUUCUGUGGAAGAAAUACGAUUUUUAUCAUGUGCCUGUGCAGCCCGAGAAUGUUUUCCAGGGUUUAGGUGAACGGCUGCAGCACGAGUCCCCGGGUUUGUGUGACCGUGAGGCAAAGGGCUCAGACUGCAGAGCUCUGCCCGAACCAAAUGCAAAGCCAAAAGAGAUCUGUCGACCCCCCCCCACCCCUGACCCACCCUCGACCUCAUGGUCAUGUCAGCUGUACACCUCCCUCUUCCGUUUCACUGUAUCUGAAUAACAACGUAUCGUUCAUGUGCAGCCAUGUUUUCCCCUCCAAAUGGUGAAAUGAAAGUGGCAAAUGCAUUUCUUUCUUUUUUUUAAAUUGGCUGCUUUCUUUUAAAAUAAUAAAAAUGUGGAUGACAGUACUCAAA